AUGGCUACAUCUGCUGAAUACGGCAGCGCGGGCUUCUCUCGCUCUUCCUCCCUCUCUGCCGCACGGUCGCCAGACACCGCAUCGCAUAUCUACCCUGAUCGAUCAAUUCGGCCCCUGCCCAAGAGCAGGCUCAAGUCGAAGCUGUCCCCCGAGCAGCAAGCCGCCCUCGUCUACCCUCCCGAUCCACCGCCCAUCUCGCCUACUUUGAGCUUCAGCGUGCAGGAGAAUGGCACCCAGUCCCAGCAGCGACGGCUGACAAAUGGCGAUUCGCACCACCAUGACCACGAUCGGCGCAUUGUGCACGACCACUGCACGUGUGGUGAGGAUGCGGACAGCGGCGACGACGAGGUCGAGUUUGACCAUCCCGACUACCGUUAUCCCCCACCCCUACCUGCUGCCCUCGCGAACGGCAAACCUGUGGACUCGCUGCAGCGGCGACUGAUCGAUGCUACACGCGCGGCCGGCAACCAACCUCCACCCCCAGGCUCAACAGCAUCAUCAGCAGACGGGUACGAGAGCUUUGAGAAUACGAGCAAUAAGAAGAAGAGAAAGAUACCUCUCUCAGGGGCUUCGAGUAUGCACCAGAGUUCGUUAAGUGCCGAGAUGGCCAACAUGGGUAUCAGCAAUUCGCAUGGAGAUGAGGGCGGUGUGAAUGGAGUGGCGGGAAGCCCUGAAGAGUCGUACAGUCCACAAUCUGCACCUGCAACCACGCCAAGCUCAGGCACGGGCAUUAGUGGUGCUGGCAGAGGCAGGUAUGGGAGACAGGACGGCAGGCAUCGGCGGCCGCUGGGAAGCAACACGAUGAAUGCCAUUAAUGGCUACAACUCACGUGUUCCUGCCCGCGGCGCCGAGGUCAAGAAUGGAGCAGAUACAGGCGUCGAGAACACAGGAGGCAUUAUUUCUCAAGCCAUCAAGACCGCCGCAGAGCAAGGACCUCUCACACCCGCGGGCAAAGGUCGGGACAACGUGAGCUUGCUCCAAUCAGCCGCGAGCCAAAACUCCACGACACCCAAAACACAGUUCACCUUCACAUGCGAGUCCGACUCCGCCACCAAGAUGGUCGAUCAACAGCUGCCGCCACCCGCAGCGUACGGCACGCCCACUCCCACACGCAGUGCACCACCGCCAGGCAAGAACGCACAUGGCACGCAGACGACCAACGCGUCACGCGCCGGACAAGCACCACCCAACAACAUGGCGAGACCACCACCACCACCCGCAAACACUGCACCGCCUGCAGGACAGCAGCAGCAAACAGCGCCACCACCGAAGCCAAAGCCUCGCAGAAACCCCAACAAAGAGUACGCCCUACAAGCUGCCCAACGCAAGAGAAACCAGCAGUACCAGAACUAUCAUCAUCGACCUAAGCCAGACGACAUGUGGGUGUGUGAGUUUUGCGAGUACGAAGACAUCUAUGGUGCACCACCAUACGCGAUGAUUCGCCGGUACGAGAUCAGGGACCGCCAGGAGCGCAAGAAGGCAGCAGAGAAGAGACGGUUACUGGAAAAGGCCAAGAUGAAGGGACGCAAGAACAAGAAGGGAGCCGGCAAGGGAGGCAAGAACAACAACGGAAACAACGCGACGGCGCCACCACCACCGGCAAAUGCCCAGAACUACGAUCCCAAUCUGCCGCCGCCAGAAGGAGAGGAGUACUACGACGAUGAGGAGUAUGAUGAGGACGGCUACGACCCUGUUGGCGACGAGCAGUACGAUCCAGCGUACUAUCCACCGCCUGGGCCCGAGCGACCGCCUGCAAGAGUUCCUCCUCCAGGGGCUCGCGGGGCGCCUCAUCCCCAUGUAUAG